CCCCCGGACCCGGAGCCGGAGCCGCUCCCGCUCCCCCUGGCCGGCCGCAGCCCGCGCCGCUCCGAGAGAUGCAGCAGCCGGUCACCGCGCAGCCCCACACUCACUGCUAAGGGAGCCCAAGGAAUCAUGGUGAGUAAGGAACCUGGCAAAUGCUUACUCACACCUUCAGAAAGUGAAGUGGAGCCAGCAGCUUCACUGGCCUUGGAGAUGCGAUAUGCGCUGGAUGCCAAUCGGCAGAUUAAGAAAAGGAACAAAGCCCUACAGGUGCGCUUUAAGGACAUCUGUGAGGCUCAGAGCGAACAAAGGGACAGACAGCUCGCUGCUGUGCCACCUACGGACAGAAAGGAAGCCAAGCCCAUCUCCUACAAAGCGGCCGCUUACCGCAAGUAUAUGACAGUGCCUGCCCGCAGGUCCAUCCCUAACGUGACCAAGAGCACAGGAGUACAGACUUCCCCGGAUCUGAAAAAGUGUUACCAGACAUUCCCUCUGGAUCGCAAAAAAGGAAGCAUCAUUAAGAGCACCCAGGCGGUCAACACUUUCAAGAGUCAAAACAAUGGAUUUCUAAUAGACGUCCAAGAUCAGAGUGAUGGUCAAAACUCAGGGGAGGCUGCUCAGUGCAGCAAGACAGUGGGUGAGCAAAAGGCAGGAGAACUGACGGCCCAUUCUGAUGAACACAUGAAUGCCGUCGACCGGGCUCCUAGUGACUCCUGUUUAGAAUCCUGUAAAAACCCAGAUCUGUACAGUUGUGUUAAAGGCCCUCGUCUUCAAAACUCCCCCGACCCGGCUUCUGAAGAGUCUGAUCACCAGCCAUAUGACAAGGCAAAACAAGACACAGCACUGCCGGAUGCCGAGGAUGCCCAUGCGUCAGCGCAAGGCAGAGUAUUUAAGACGGAGGUUGCAACUGUUUAUUUACCUUCGUCUGGUUCCCAAGCCACUGAGCCCACCUUGCCAAACUCAGCAGCGGAAAGUGAAUGGUCACUGUGCCCAGCCACAGAGGAGGAGAAAAAGAGAACUGGACAUCUCAAUGGGCUCCAUCCUCAGGCAGAAAGUGCCCAAACCUGUCCCACACAGGUGCAGUGCCCAUCAACCGAAUGUAACGAGCAGACAAACGUCUCACCGACGAACGAGAAUCCGCCUUGCCACACGGCUGUGGCGGUCAGUGAAGAAUGCCGUGAAAUUGUGCCUCACACAGAAGUAAUAGACUUGAAAGCACAGCUUCAGAUGAUGGAAAACUUGAUCAGCUCCAGCCAGGAAACAAUCAAAGUGCUCCUGGGCGUGAUCCAGGAGUUGGAAAAGGGAGAGGCUCAUCGGGAAGGGCUUUCCUACAGGACCGGCCAGGACACAGCAAACUGUGCCACGUGCAGGAACAGUGCCUGCAUUAUCUAUAGUGUGGAACUGGAUUUUAAGCAGCAAGAGGACAAGCUCCAGCCAGUUCUGAGAAAACUUCAUCCCAUUGAGGAAACUCAGGUUGCACCCUUGCCUUACUCUCCGGAGACCUACUCCUCCACUCCCAAGCAAAAAUCCAAAACUGAAUCCAAAAAGCAUGGAAGAUGGAGACUCUGGUUCCUUUAACAAAACCAUGGAAUCGGGAGUCUGAAGGCCGCCAUCUUGAAAACACACUGGAAUUGAGUUAUCCCUUUCUUCAAAGGUUCCGAAUCAAUUGAACAGUGCUGUCGUUGGGGCAACAUCCAUCUCUCACCACGCUUACCAAAAAGGCCUUUUUACUUAACAGAUAAUGAAAUGGAGGCAAGGGAUUAACUUCAGACCUUGCCCACAUCUGUUUGUAGUUCACUGCUGUGUGAUGGGAAAUGGGAAGCGAAACAUACAUGGUCAAAGAUGACGGAUAAGCAAAACCCUUCCCCAGUUCCCCAGACCUGCUCCAGUAAUGGUGGGCAGGUCACCCUUCUGGACACAGCAGAGAAACUCACACUUAGUUUCCAGCCUUUAUUUUUCUGAAAUACUAAUAAGAAGAAAAAAGCAAGCCUUACGUUUGCACGGGACUUCAUUUGUACAUUUAAUUUUGCAAACAAGCAGGGGGUGAGUGCAAUUUUCAGCACACAAAAUUCUGGAGAAAGCACAAUUUUUUUCAAGUGGUCAGAGACCAUGAAUCUCUCUAAAAUGUGACUCUGUGUAUAUUUGCCUUCAUGUGCUGUAGAGUUAAGCCAAGCGAUCCCAUCUCUGUGUCUCGUCAACACCUCUUGUUGAGCAUCUUCUUCACCUCCAGACCGACGCCAUGUUUACUGCUCAUUUCCCAAUUGGCAAGCAGCCACGAAUCGCCCAAAGUCAGGACAUGCCUUUAAUCACUGAAAGUUGACAGGGUCAAAGCUAUGGGACACCAAGCUUUCUUAGAUCUCAUUUUUAAUCUUUUUGGUACCCAAAGGACAAAUAAUCAAUUCUGGCAAGAACCUGAAAACCAGACAAUGAAGGCCACGGUUUCUGAGGCAUCGUGGGCAUUCUGUUGCCUCGGCUGAAAACGUUUUUGUAGGCUCCCUCUUCAGAUAUACUGUAUGCCAAUGGAAAAGCAGCCAGAGGUUUUAUAUAAUUUGUUAAGCUUUGUAACAACUAUUGAUGACCUGACCAUCUCAAAGAGAAACACAGUGCAUUUUAGCUUAGCGGCCUCAACGGACAAACAUCAUCGCCACUUAACCUAGUAGAAAGCUGUACUCCCUGACAUCCUUAGGAAAAGCUGUGAAUCAAAAGUUUUUAGGUAUUUUUUAAAUAAACAAAGACACUUGGAAUCCUUUCUUGGUUACACACAACAAUGGAAAUCUUCUUUAUUUUUUCACUCAUUCUUUGCACCUUUACGGCUCUCUUUUUAUAACCGCCAAAUCUCCAAGUUGUCACUAACUCUUGUCUGUCAAACUCACUUAUCAUAACAGAAACUAGGGAUCUCCUUUCUCCUUUUUGUACACUUGAAAUACUAGUGAACAGUGUGCUGCUCACACAACCAACGUGCGUCCUUUCCAGGCCCUGGCUCCGUCAGCUCCUGGAGCUAAGCCAGGGCUCCAAUGUGAAUUCCUCUGCCUUUACAUGUUCAAGUAAGGUCCCAGUGAAGGAUGGUAUGUCUUGUAGCUGAGCAACAACUUAGCUAAGGUUUGUUACCAGGUUGGUUGGAGAGUGAAGAAUUUUUAUAGGCUCAGCAAUUCAUACAGCUCCUCAACUAAGUCUUAGGGGCUUGUAAUCUGCAUCAGUAGAGGGAGUAACAAUGGUUGGGAUGCCAUGGAUCCUUAGUACUACUGGAGCACAGAUAGAAAAAAAAGUUGGAAGGAAGGGAGAGAAGAAUGAAGGAAGGAAAGAGAGAGAGACAGAGACAGAGAGAGGCGGGAGGUGGAGGAAAGAAGGGAGGAAACAAAAACAGGAAGGAA